GCAGCGGGGCCGAGAGGGGGCGGCCAGGGAUUCACGGGCGCGGGGAGACCCCUUAACGCGCCCUCAGGGGCGGGCUACGGUGGGCGGGGCCACCCCAGCGACCCCUCCUCGGCCCCGCCCCGGCCCGCGCCAGCUCCCCACGUGGCCGCUGACGGGCGGGGCGGCACCUCCUCUUCCUCCCGCCCGCCCCGCGCCCGCUGGGAGCCGCCGUCCGAGCAGCGCCAGCGCCGCAGUGGGCGCCGGCUGCCCGCAGCCCCUGACCCGGCCCCGGACGGAGCGCUGGCCGCGCCGCCGCCUCACCCGCUCGGCAAGAUGUCACUGAAGGAGGGCGCACAGCGCAAGUGGGCGGCGCUGAAGGAGAAGCUGGGGCCGCAGGACUCAGACCCCACGGAGGCCAACCUGGAGAAUGCAGACCCCGAGCUGUGCAUCCGGCUGCUGCAGAUGCCCUCCGUGGUCAACUACUCGGGCCUGCGCAAGCGCCUGGAGGGCAGUGAUGGCAGCUGGAUGGUGCAGUUCCUGGAGCAGAGCGGCCUGGACCUGCUGCUGGAGGCACUGGCACGGCUGUCGGGCCGCGGAGUGGCACGCAUCUCGGAUGCCCUGCUGCAGCUCACCUGCGUCAGCUGCGUGCGCGCCGUCAUGAACUCACAGCAGGGCAUCGAGUACAUCCUCAGCAACCAGGGCUACGUGCGUCAGCUCUCCCAGGCCCUGGACACAUCCAACGUGAUGGUGAAGAAGCAGGUAUUUGAACUACUGGCCGCCCUGUGCAUCUACUCACCUGAGGGCCACGCGCUGACCCUGGACGCCCUGGACCACUACAAGACGGUGUGCAGCCAGCAGUACCGCUUCAGCGUGGUCAUGAACGAGCUUUCGGGCAGCGACAACGUGCCCUAUGUGGUCACCCUGCUCAGCGUGAUCAACGCCAUCAUCCUGGGCCCCGAGGACCUGCGCACACGCGCCCAGCUGCGGAACGAAUUUAUCGGGCUGCAGCUGCUGGACGUCCUGGCUCGUCUACGAGACCUGGAGGACGCCGACCUGCUGAUCCAGCUGGAGGCCUUUGAGGAGGCCAAGGCCGAGGACGAGGAGGAGCUGCUGCGAGUCUCCGGUGGGGUCGACAUGAGCAGCCACCAGGAGGUCUUUGCCUCCCUGUUCCACAAGGUGAGCUGCUCCCCGGUGUCUGCGCAGCUCCUAUCCGUGCUGCAGGGCCUCCUGCACCUGGAGCCCAGCCUUCGCUCCAGCCAGCUGCUCUGGGAGGCCCUGGAGAGCCUGGUGAACCGGGCCGUGCUCUUGGCCAGUGACGCCCAGGAGUGCACCCUGGAGGAAGUGGUUGAGCGGCUCCUGUCCGUCAAGGGGCGGCCCCGACCAAGCCCCCUGGUCAAGGCCCAUAAGAGCGUCCAGGCCAACUUAGGCCAGAGUCAGAGGGGCAGCUCCCCGCAAAAUGCUGCAACCCCCAAGGCUGGCGUGGAGGGCCAACAGCCAGCAGCAGCCCCCACCUGCCAGCCUGUGGACCAUGCCCAGAGCGAGAGCCUCCUGAAAGCUUCGCAGCCGAGAGCCCUGGAGCAGCAGGCGCCUACCCCGCCCCCACCUGUACCCCUGUUCCCUGGAUCCAGUGCUGAGCCCCCUCCCCCUCCCCCACCCCCACCACCCCCCCUGCCCAGUAUGGGGACUAAGGCCCUCCCAGUACCACCUCCACCCCCACCCCCACCCCUGCUAGGCCUGGGGUCCAUGGCCCCCCCAGCACCCCCUCCACCACCACCCCUGCCAGGUGCUUGUGGGCCUCCACCACCUCCACCACUUCCAGGCAUGGAAUGCCCACCCCCACCCCCACCCCCGCUGCCUGGUAUGGGCUGGGGCCCUCCCCCACCCCCACCUCCACCACUGCCCGGCACCUGCAGCCCCUCAGCGGCGGGAGACGAGGAGGUCAUCGUGGCCCAGGUGGACCACAGCUUGGGCUCAGCCUGGGUCCCCAGCCAUCGGCGGGUGAACCCACCCACACUGCGCAUGAAGAAACUGAACUGGCAGAAGCUGCCAUCCAAUGUGGCACGUGAGCACAACUCCAUGUGGGCGUCCCUGAGCAGUCCCCACGCCGAGGCCGUGGAGCCCGACUUCUCCAGCAUCGAGCGGCUCUUCUCCUUCCCUGCAGCCAAGCCCAAGGAACCUGCCACCGCAGCCGCCCCAGCCAGGAAGGAGCCCAAGGAGAUCACUUUCCUUGAUGCCAAGAAGAGCCUGAACCUCAACAUCUUCCUGAAGCAAUUUAAGUGCUCCAAUGAGGAGGUCGCUGCGAUGAUCCAGGCCGGGGACACCACAAAGUUUGAUGUGGAGGUUCUCAAACAGCUCCUUAAGCUCCUUCCGGAGAAGCACGAGAUUGAAAACCUGCGGGCCCUCACAGAGGAGCGAGCCAAGCUGGCCAACGCCGACCAGUUCUACGUCCUCCUUCUGGCCAUUCCCUGCUACCAGCUGCGAAUCGAGUGCAUGCUGCUGUGCGAGGGCGCGGCCGCCAUGCUGGACAUGGUGCAGCCCAAGGCCCAGCUGGUGCUGGCUGCCUGCAAAAGCCUGCUCACUAGCCGCCGGCUGCCCAUCUUCUGCCAGCUGAUCCUGAGGAUUGGGAACUUCCUCAACUAUGGCAGCCACACCGGUGACGCCGACGGUUUCAAGAUAAGCACGUUGCUGAAGCUCACGGAGACCAAGUCCCAGCAGAACCGCGUGACGCUGCUGCACCAUGUGCUGGAGGAAGCAGAAAAGAGCCACCCUGACCUCCUGGAGCUGCCCCGGGACCUGGAGCAGCCUUCGCAAGCAGCAGGGAUCAACCUGGAGAUCAUCCACUCAGAGGCCAGCUCCAACCUGAAGAAGCUUCUGGAGACGGAGCGGAAGGUGUCUGCCUCGGUGGCCGAGGUCCAGGAGCAGUACACCCAGCGCCUCCAGGCCAGCAUCUCGGCCUUCCGGGCACUGGACGAGCUGUUUGAGGCCAUCGAGCAGAAGCAGCGGGAGCUGGCUGACUACCUGUGCGAGGACGUCCAGCAGCUGUCUCUGGAGGACACGUUCAGCACCAUGAAGGCCUUCCGGGAACUCUUCCUCCGCGCCCUGAAGGAGAACAAGGACCGGAAGGAGCAGGCAGCCAAGGCAGAGAGGAGGAAGCGGCAGCUGGCGGAGGAGGAGGCGCGGCGGCCGCUGGGAGAGGACGGGAAGCCUGUCAGGAAGGGGCCCAGGAAGCAGGAGGAGGUGUGCGUCAUUGACGCCCUGCUGGCUGACAUCAGGAAAGGCUUCCAGCUGCGGAAGACGGCCCGGGGCCGCGGGGACGCCGAGGGGGGCAGCAAGGCAGCCUCCGUGGAUCCCCUAAGGGCCACAGAGCCCGCCAUAGUGGCCACUGGCGACCCUGCAGGAGACCCUGUGGAUGGCACGCGCUACCCCACCUCUGAGCCCAGCCUUGAUGCUGCAGUGGCCAACAAGCCCCGGGCCUGGGACCUUGUGGACGCCGGGACCCACUGCCCUCAGCCCACCCUGGAGCAGUCCGGGGAGGGUGGUCCCCGGCCCCUGGAGAGGCGUUCUUCCUGGUACGUGGAUGCCAGUGAGGACCUAACCACCGAGGACACCCACUGCCCCCAGCCCUUGGAGGGGGCCUGGCCGGUGACUCUGGGAGAUGCUCAGGCCCUGAAGCCCCUCAAGUUCUCCAGUGACCAGCCCCCGGCGGCUGGAAGUUCAAGCCAGGAUGCCGAGGAUCCCACCGCCUUGCUGGGCGUCCUCCAGGCUGAGGCCGGCAGCACGAGCCAGGGUCGGGAGGACACUGUCAGACCCCCGACGGCAGGCCUGGGUGGAGACAGGGAUGAGGACGAGGAGGACACGGCCCCAGAGUCCGCGCUGGACACAUCACUAGACAGGUCCUUCUCUGAGGAUGCGGUGACCGACUCCUCGGGGCCCAGCACACUCCCCAGGUCCCGGGGCCGGGCCUCAAAGGGGACCGGCAAGCGAAGGAAGAAGCGCCCCUCAAGGAGCCAGGAAGAGGUUGCCCCUGAUUCUGAUGCUAAUAAAACCGAAAGACUGUGUGUGAUCAACUAAGGCCUCAGGCCCAGGCCCAAGGCCAAGUGAGAGAGCCCUGGCCAGGCCGCUGGACAUGCUGUCAUUCUGCUGAGAGAGGCUCUUCUGGGGCCGGGCUGGGACUGGGCCCCGGAAACCAAACUCCGUGCCUUACCCAGCCGGGGCCCUCCUGGAGCCUUCCUGGAGUGUUGUGGCUGGGACCCCGACAGGUACCGGUGUCCCACCAGGCCCGGUGCCCUCCUGGACCGCCUGCACACGCCAGCCUCCUGCUUGCUUCCUAAAGGCGACCCUGGCCCACACCCGCAUGCACCCGGUGCGGCCUGCCCAGGGCCAGUGGGGGCUGCAUCCCACCUGUGCCCGCCACGGCCCUGCCUGCCCUACAGCCCAGUGGGGUUUAAUCAAAACGCGAUGCUUUGUGAAUCUUUAAAGCUCAGAGGUGGCCGAGUUGGGGGCCCUGGGCCGGGGCAGGCUGGCAGGCAGUGCCAUGGCAGGCCAGGGUCCCUUCCUGUGGGGUCUGGCCCCAUCCCAGCAUGUCCAGCCCCUGAAGUUGGGGGAAGGGGAUCUGCCUUCGAUGCCACUGCCAGGCCAAUGCCCCGCAGCUGAGACUUGGCUGCACUUCAACAGAAAACCCCUCCCAGUGCCCGCUGCCCAGGGUGGGUGGGCCCUGGGGGCAAUACAGGUCCCACCUGAGGGGCUGCAGGGUGACACCCAGCAGCCACCGCCCCAUCACUGCCCACUCAGCAAGGGCAGCCUACCCAAGCCUGCCCCUUGCCAGGUGUGUGCCCUGAGGCUGGUGGCUAGACACAUGGCCAAUAAAAAGCAGAUGUAG